AUGGGAUGUAGUAAAUGGAGAGCUGCGUUCAACUUUGGACACCUGAGGGUGCAGUCCAAGCUGUCCGUCUUCUUUACCAUGAUAAUACUCUUCACUUACCUCUUCUACUGCCUCAACGGAUUCUGUGACUCUUUACCAAGGCCCGUGUACGAGCGUCAGAGCGGUUUUCAGACUAAAAUGAUCCUAAAAGAUGGAGAGGAAGAAUCCACGCAGCAGCAUAACGCAUCUCAGGUGUCGUUUGUCCGGGGACAGCUGUCAGACUUCUCAAACACAGAUGUUGCCUCGAACAUCUCUGUGGCCAACACUUUCGGGAGUAAAAAGUUUCCUCAAGCUAUCAUCAUCGGGGUGAAGAAAGGGGGCACACGGGCUUUGCUGGAGUUCCUGCGCAUCCACCCGGACGUGAGAGCUGUGGGAGCUGAGCCGCACUUCUUCGACCGGUUCUACGAGAAGGGUCUGGCGUGGUACAGGUACGGAGCGAGCUUUACGCGGUUAUACAACUGUUCUUUCAAUAUUUACUUAAAAGAUCUCAACUUCUCAGUGACCUAACUGGAGUGGAGGGGUCAAAGGUCAGGACAGGAGACUCAGAUGCUGACUAACACUUAGCAGACAGAGCCUAAAUGUGAAGCGAUAGUGUUGGCUAGAUUUGAUCUUAUAUCUAAAUCUGAAGCUUGUAAAACUGGUUAAAUAAAUGAUAUGAAUACAGGGAAUGUGAAAGGAACCAACUCCAUAUGAUUUUCUGCAUUAUGUGCAAUAGUUGUAGGCUAAUACACAUAAAAACCAGGUCAAGCAGGUAAAGCUAAAAGACAAAUGUCAUUAAAAAGUCCCCUACUAUUAUGUAGUUGCUUUUUAAGGCUGCUUGUACAGUUACCUUGUCACUCACGCAUGUCUUUUGUUCCUAAGCAUUUGAGUGUAUCUAGUCAGACCAGUCUGAUGAGGUUGAUUUUGUCUCAUUAAUGCUGUGUACUUAAAGCACCACAGUGUGUAGAAUAGACCCAUUGGUGAGUGUGUGUGUGUUGGUACUUAAAAUAUUUUGCAAGGUUUCAAACAUUUUGAUUUUAUAUGAAUUUAGUAGUUUUGCUUUUACUUUCUUUUUCCCACUUGCCUCACAUGUAAAAGGUCACGUUGUCUUUGAGCAACAAACACUCUCAGUGCUUUGAUGUGAGGGAUCCUAUUAGAAUUAUUUAAGGCAUAAUUAUUUGUUUAGCAUAUUUCAUAAAUCGAGGCCAACUGAAAGUGCUCAUCGUAGAAAUACAACAUAAUAAAAGAUAGAUUUAUAAUUAGAAUAUAAUUGUGAAAAAGGUUUUAACCAAAUUGAAAUAGUUUAUUGAAGUACAUUAAAGGGGGUAAAGCCAAAGGGCUGCUCUGUGGCCCUUUUAGUGUUAAAGAAAAACACUCACAGUUAAAGAAAUAUUAAAAUGUAGUUUAUAUAAGUUUUUAAAGAGUAGGGUAUUCAGUGUAAAUAAUAAAAAAAAAAAAACAGUAUAAGCUGAGACCAUUUCAAGUCUGUGCUGCAUUAUAACAAACACGUCUUCACUUUUUUUGGGGUCUGAUUUUGCCCAUAUGUAACUGAACAAGAUUUAACAAACAGAGAGGAUAAAAAAUGAUCUUACUUUUAUUUUUCUACACUGAGUCCAUGUCCGUGAAAGAAAGCUCAUCACCAAAUGCAGCUGAUAUCAGUCCCUCUCAUCUUCCUCUUUCUCAUUAAUGACUCUCAGCACCAAUAAGAGCCUCUGCUGAUAGAUCCCAGAGAUGGCAGCUUAUUCAGUUCCCUGCCAAUAAAUUGCUGUUUAUUGAGCUGACACACUGCCUCCCUAAGUGUCCAGUGUUGGUCCCCUGAGGGCCUGAUCACUGGGAGGAGGAUGGGUGGUGGAUGGUGGUAGGGUGGAUGACCCCACACUUUUUUUUUUGUCAUCGAAUUUCUAAGAUCAACCUUUGAGGACUUUUGAAGGCUCAAAAGAUAACAUGUAUGUGUUUAAACAAACAAAAAAAGUGUGUAUUGAUGAAAGUCUUCAAGUGUUUUUAAGAUUUAUAAUUUGCGUGAAAAUGACAGUCUGAAAUCUGAUAGCACAGACACAAGAUGAAAACCAUUACAGAUGAAGACGGAGAGAAAAUGAUCUGAAGAUCUGUUGAAAAAAACAACGCUUUGAUAAAAGGAAAAGCAGGGUUGGGAGAAGAACACGUAGAUGUGGCAGGAAAAUGUAGGGUGAGAGAAGAAGAAGAAGAAGAGGACAGAGAGAGACACAAGUGGAGAUCAAUACAGCUGGGUAAUGAUCGGUUCGCAGGGAGGCUCAGGUGGAACAGUGCUAAGUGACAGCACAGAUCAAAGUGAGUGUUUGUGUGCACAAGUGUUAGUUUUCCUUCUUAAUACUUAGUUUAGUUUCAGGAAGAGGAUGAGGCAGGGGUUUUCCUGCUGCACUCAAAGCACAUCAAACUGUCUGCGAGACGUAUGAUGAUAUAGUUAUGAGUGAUGUGGGCAGCAGCAUGUCUGGAAAGUACAAAUUUUUCUUCACGACUGUGGUCUGAUUUGUUUCAAAGCAAAUGGUUAAUGCAUGUUUUUGUGAGCUUGAUAUAUCAGAGUUUUGCCACCAGAUUAAGCAGAUACAAAAAGCAAAAAUACAAAGAAAAAGAGUCUAGUUUUAGUCAUGACUGUAGAUAUCCAAUCCAACUUUAUUUGUUAAGCACUUAAAAACACCCACAGAAGACACAAGUGCUGUACAGGAUGAUAAAUAAAAGUAUCAGAAAUAAAGACACAUCAUCUUACCUAAAACAUAAAAUGACAUAUAAAAACAGAUAAAAUAAUCUAAAAGGCAAAAAACAUGGGUAAAAUAAUAGCCAUGCAAUAAGAGAAACAAGAAAAUAAGAUAAAAAUCAAAUCAUGCCAAUGUCUUAUUAGGAAACAAGGCCAAGGAGAAGAGGUGGGUUUGAAAAAGAGAUUUAGAAAAACCAGCAGAGAAGAGGCCGGUCUAAAUAGAUAUAUAUGAAGCCCUGAAUAUUAGUAAUGAAAUAAGAUAUGCUGCAGCAACUUAGAAUUAUUCUCACUUGCUACCAUUUGCUCUGUCCAAAUACAAUGUCUGCAAAAAAGAAGAAAAGUCAGACCAUUAGUCAGCCCAUCUUAAAAGCAGGGCUGUAAAAUCACUUUUUUUUUAAAAUUUCCUUAAUAUAAACAGUUAAUCAAAAUUAUUUUUAUUUUCAAUCACAUCUUAAAAUCUGACAUCUUGCAUUUUAAAACCGUUUUUAAGCUCAUAUCAACUUUAUAAAGAAAAUCCUAGCUGUAACAUGAAUUAUGAAUGGAAAAAUUGAAAUAGACUGUUUUGAUUUUGUCUUUUGAUGUAAAUCUUCAAAUGCUGCUCUGCUACAACCAGCAUGUUCUGAAGCCUAACUGAGGACACAGAAUUAAAGAAAAAAGUAAGCAGGAGUGCAGGUGCAGAAUGUACUGCACACUCAAUAUUGUGCCAAACAAACUAACGUCACUUUAUUGCUCUAUUAGCUUUAGGUGUGUAAAACUGAGGAAAAACAAAUGAGUCAGUCUUGAUCUUGAUCUUACUAAGGCUUACUGAAAGAAACUAACCAAAAGAAAGGAAAUACAUGAAAUCACGGUGAUGAAAUGAGAUGUCACACUACAGGAAGCUCUGCAUUUGGGUUUGCACUGAAGUUUAUACCUUCAUUUUAGUUCAUCCACGGGUCUGUGGUGAUUUAAACACUCGUGAACAGUGCUCUGCAUCUGUGAUGCUGUCGUCUGCUGACAUCAGCCUGAUAAGCUGCACCUGUAUGCUUAGCUCAUAGGCGAUAACUCAAGCUUGCAUACUUUGGUGAUAUUCUAACUCUGUUUGACACAGAGUGCAUGUUACCUUUGACUUGUCAGCUGAGCUGUGUGGGAGUUUUUUCUUCCAGUGAACUGAGCCGUUUCAGAGGCACAGUGGUGUCAUUAUUUUCCAUCACAGGAGCAGAAGGAAGAACAAAAAGAUGCUGAAAAGGACAAAAUGACUUUAUGAACAAACAUAUUAAUGCUAGUGGCUAAAAUUCAACCCGAAAUGUCUCCGAUUAAAAAAAAAAAACAUUCAAAAUUAAGGAAAAUUAGGAUCACAAGCUAUCACAAUUUUUAAAAAUUGCAUAUAAACUUGAAACUAAACUAAACUCUCAUUGAACAUAUGUUUUAUCUCUCAUAUUGGCCUUGUAUUCCCAAUCUCUCAUUGAUACUUUCAUCCAGGCUCUAGAUUUUUUUGAGAUUGGACAGUAGGUGCAGAACUCUGAAUUCAGAGAUAAUUUCUCUUAUAAGAAAUUAUUGCUGUUGUCUUUAAAACACUUUUUUGUAGGUAUCCUGUUGGACACAUGCUUGCAAUGUCAGCGUAUUUGAGUCAAAGUACUGGUGAGUCAAACCUUUGGCAACAAAGCCUGGUACAAAACUUUCAUGGCACUCACCACAAACUCCAGUAGCCUUUUUGGAGGUAGGUUGAGACGGGCUGCAAACUUGAUGACAAAUGACUUCUGGUGGAAGUUUUCUACAGGUUAUAUUGCUUUUCACAUCAUUCGCAGUUAUCUACUAAAUCUUGUAUUUUUACGACUGGGCAAGUAAAGCCUGGUUAAAAAGUAUGGUGGAAAAAUAUAACUUUAACACUACUUACCAGAAAACCCAAAACUUUCUUGGGUUUGUUUCAGAAACUGCAGCAGGAUCUGCAGUUGUCUGUCUGAGUGGUAGUAAAGCAGAACUGAACAGCAGUCAUGGUUAAAGGUGAGGGACCCAUCAACCUUUAUGGGUUUCUUUUAAAGCCUUCUGUUGUUGUGAAACUGACCUUACCUUGUGCUCUCUUAACUCAGACAUGACACGUUCACCUCUCCUUUUUCUCUUCCUCUCCGUCUCUCCUUUUGAAGGCAUAAUGAAACGUCCUAAUCCGCUGACAGCUCAUGUCAACACUGUGAGAAUUGGACCGCUGUAAUGACAGGUCAGGCAUUAACAUGGACAGCUCAGGGACAUGCCGAGUGGCUGAGAGGGAUUAGGCCCACAGUUGCUGUUAAACAAGGCCUUAUGAGGCAUAAGUCAACACCUCCACCCACACACCUCUCAGGCCUUUUAUAUGUUCAGUGUUUUCAGUAUUUCUAAACCUCAACACUGAGUGCUACAAGAGAAACUUAUGGCACCAAAGGGCUUAUAGCUCACAGGCUCUCAGACACGAAAAAGAGUUACUGAGACCUUUUUGCUUUUAUGUGGGACAGAUGUAAAUAUUUGAAGCACAAACAAGUACCAUCUUUAGUCCCGCGGCAGUAUGUAUCUCUGGUAAUCCUCUGAGGUUGUUUGUGGAAGGAUCUGAAAAAGUUAAAAGAAUGCUUUUAAAAAAGGGAAACUGUGAUUGAUUUUAGCAGGACAUAUCACAAAUAUUAAGUGAGCUUUGCCCUCCAAGGAAACUAACUACAUGUGUUACAAACCCAAGUGCUAUUUAACAACAAGUAUUAGGUGAAAACCAUACAGGAAAACUAAAUAGCACAUUCAAAGUAAUAGAUUAAUUCAUAGGAAAAGGGAUUAAAUUCAAAGGAAAUCAACCGAAAUGUCAAAAGUGAUAAAGAUUUAACAUACUGCAUUUGCCAAAAGAAGCUUGAAGUCAUAGAUAAAUAGUUAAGUUAGUUUGCAAAGAACAGGCUACAUAUUUUUUAUCUUUUUUUUUUAAUCAUUUCCUUGAAGCAAUAAUCACCAUAUUAAUCAUUUUGCACUGCAGACGUGGUAGUUCUUCAGCCUUAGUGUCUCGGUCUGAUUGCAUUUCCGUGAAGAAAGUAUCAUAAAUGUUCUUCCUUGAGCUGCGUCACCCUGCUGUAGGCCGUAAUGGACUGGCCUGAGAUCUCGUUAAAAACAGUCGGCUGCGGGAAGAGAGUAGGUGAGUUGUGUUUAGUCUCUUUGCUAAAGAAAUCAGGCAAAGCUAAAAAGAUGUUUGGUGGCUAGUACUAUGGCUGGGACCCUAUAUGUACUGUUGAUGAAGUUAGGUGCUGUGCUUAACAUUAUUUGUGGCUAUAGAGUGGUGUUUUGGUUGAGGUUUGUUUAUGGCUCCUCAGACCGCUGUGUAUUGGUAUCCUGCGGUCGUUACUAAAGUUGGUAUAACUAGAGAAGCAAGCGGUCAGCAACAUUCAUCUCUCAAGGGGACGUCCAACUCGGUGUUACGGUGUGUUCGACCCUAAAUUAAUUGUACGCUAGAAUAUCCCUUUAAGGGUUAUUUUCCUGGUUUGAGUGACGGGAUAGAUGUAGCAAAUGAAGCUCAUGCAGCGCUGUGUUCAGAGAUCACUGGGAUAACUAUGAACUAAUGCUUCAGAGUGACACAAGACCUCACUGCACUCAUAGUCUGCUCUGACCUGAGGGAUUUUUACCAUUUGAUUGGUUUGCUAAAUGUGUGUUUCGGUUAGCAGCAGGGGUGGAAUAUCAAUAUUGCAUCUUCCCCGGCCACACUAAGAGCCUAUACAGUGUCAGCGUCCUCUGUAGGUGUAUUUUGACUCCACUUUUGUGCAACUGGAUGAGGUGGAGACACGUCAUGCAUCAUCAUCUAUUGUCAUCCAUCUUGUGCAGUCUUUCCAGCUGCCAUAUAUGAUGAUGAUGAUAGCGUCUGAAUAGUCAGUGCCUUUCUACCUCCUCUUCCCUUUCUGCCCUCUUGACUAUUCUAUACUUCCAGAUAUCAUAUUCUUACAAAAAUAUUAUUCAUUUAGUGUAAUUACAUGGUAAGUACCCAGUCAUUCAUAUAUAUCAAUUUGCAACAGAACUGUUAUAUGUGAGGCCAACAACAUCAUCUGAGACUGGGCUGGAAAGUAUCACUUAAGCAUUUAUUUUCUGACAGAGCUCUUCAUUUCAGUGCUGUUUGCGUCUUUGAGCUCACAGAAAGUCUUGGCCCCUCGAUUUCAGUCGCUCACCAAGUAAAACACAUGGACAUCCUUAAAGGAAGCAUUUGGCAAAUUGUUUUAGAAAAAAUGCUUAUAUGUGGAAAAGCCUUGGCUUUGCCAUCUGCUGGAAAUGAUUCUGUGGUUUGGUGGUCAGGAACGAGGUUUCAGACAGCCUGGGUGUGCAAGCAUGAGCGUGUGUGUGUGAGGUCGGACUCAUUUACACUCCAGCAUCCAGCUCUACCUGAAGUGCAACCGUUCCCUGUCUUCUUUUUCUGUCCACCUUCUCUGGACGCUAUAAAUAUCCCGCAGAUAUAAAUGUCAUUUCCAGAUAUCGAUCACCUAAAAUAGGUCCUUUCUAUUGAUCCCCCCCUAUCUGCCUUUAUCGCGCUGUUGCAGCAGAAAUGAAUUACCCUCUGAAUAUUCAAUCUUGUUGACAAGAAGCUGUUACUUCACUCGCCUGCUGACAUUUACACCCCACAGUCUGAGUGUUGCUGGAGUGGAUUUAUUGGCUUGUUCGGGUCACUCAAACUGUGUAAUGUAAAGCCAUGGCACAAGUCCUCGCUCCCAUCUCCUUGGAGGUGAUUUUUUUCUCUCUGUCUCUAAAUCUUUCUCCUUAUCUACUCUUUUCUUUGUCUCCUAGUCUAUUCUCUCCCAGGAAGCUUGUUGUAUAUAACUCAGUUGAGUCCUAGAUGCACUACCCAGACAGGAAUGUCCAGGUUUUAUUUCCUGUUCGACUCUUCUACCAAUCACAGGGGAUUCACUGGUUAAAUUCUUUGCUGCUCACAUUAUUGUGAGCUUCAUGCUCUGUAGAGGAUUUUUGGACUGUUGGAGGAUUUGAGGAAAGAAUCUGCCAAAUUUUGGAUGUAUAGAUCUUGCAGAAAGAAAGAAGGCUUUGUGCAGAUGACAGGGUUCAAUGAUCUGCGAGUAUUCGAGCUGCAUAGGAAGGAAAGACUGCUCGUCUACAUCCAUAAACAUGAGCAACACUAUCUGGCACAUCUGUCAAAGCUAAUAAACAUAACAUGACACAUGCUGCUAUUUACAUGUGAAUAGGUUUUUGUCAGCUGUAAUACAAUAUGUAAAUGAAGCUGGAAAACUUUGAGGAUUUAAUCAAACGUGACUUGAUAAAUUGGUGCAGGAUAGGUAUGGAUUUUAAUUCAACAGGGGGAAAAAAAAAGCCGAUCCAGCUCAGUCAUCAGUGUUUUGACAGCUUGUCAUUGGUCGACCUUUCCACUUCAAGCAUGCCGUGUCUCAUCCAAUCAGAAAUAACAAAACCAGAUGACUGAGGAGAGAGUUAUGAUGUAAGAGGCUCACAGGGGAAACACUUUGAUCACAUCCUCUGACUGCAGAGAAGUUUGAAGUGUUCAUCGAUGGGUUUUUUAAUUUUGAUCUUGAAAGUUACAAACCAUCCAGAUAUUUAAUAAAAAAAAGACCAGUGAAAAGUGUAGAAAGCAAAACAUUUAGGGAUAGCCAAAAGCCACUUUGUUACACGAUAAGUAUUAUUUUGCAUUUCUCUCAGUGUAGCCACAAAAACAUAUCCGAAGUGUGGUUUGUUAGUUUGUUAUGUGCUUCUGUGAAACAUGGCAGUGCAAGAUGGUGGCCUCCAUGGAAAUAGAUCAGCUCCUAAAGCAUAUGUGAAAGACUCUGUCAGAGUUUUCACAAAGUUAAACAUACCCAUGCCAUGAGUAUCAUAAGUCUGCUCUAGACUUUGCUAAACUCAAAGCGCUGUAUCCUUAAAGUAUGUGGAUGCUUUCCCUAUGUCACACACCCAUCAAACUCUGCCUCUCCCUGUUAAUCCACCACGGUUUACAAACAGUGGUGGAUUAGCCGUCUUGUAUUGUGCUUUGUCACAUUAUUUUAUGGAAUGCUACGUCGUUAGUGAACGCAACUGUUCCUAUAAUACUAUCGUAGCUUGUCAGGGACUGAUCCUGUUAUUUUUCUAACUUUGACGAUCUAACAUGUGACAACAUAUGAGCUCAGAGUUUAAGGACUGUGACUGUUGGUAGUUGUGAUUUGAUUUUGUUUAAAUAUGCCAAAUUGUGAAUUAUGGGUUAUUGUUGUUCAGACAAUCGAGCUAAGCUGGCUAGCAACUUCUAAUGUCAGACGCAGUGCUUCCUCUACCCAAGAUGCACUGCGUAUGCACUGCGUAUAGCGUCAUUACGUACAUUUGGUCUUAUAUUUAGUCCGGUGAGCUUUCACACUGCAUAUGAACUGAGCCAGGGUUCACUUGCAAGCGAACCGAGACCCACGUUUUCAUGCGGACCAGAGUUCGCCUGCCCAAAGGAAGCGUAUUAUCCAAGGAAACAAACUCUGGUCCGUUUAAAGCGGACCAAACAGCUCUGGUGUGAAAGCGACCUAACAUAUCUGGAUCAAUUUUCUCUUCCUCAUACGGCUCAAUGGACAGAAACUGGCCCAAGUGUUCUGCUCACACCACAGUGUUCGCAUGCCAGAAUUUGAGCUGAAAGUUAAAAGAAUAAGCCAACAAAAACUAAUGCAUCAGAUUUAUAGCACUUAUUUUAAGUGACCUCAAAGCGCUUUACAUUGGAUACAUCAUUCAUUCACUCACACAGUCACACCUUGGUGGUGAUAAACUACCUUAGUAGUCACAGCUGCCCUGGGGCAGACUGACGGAAACAUGGCUGCCAGUUUGCGCCCCCGGCCUCCCUGACCACCACCAGACAUCAUUCACAUUCAUACACCAGUAGAGGACGCACUGGGUGCAAGGUGUCUUAAGUGUCUUGCCCAAGGACACAACGGACAGACUCAGGAUAGGGUGGGGUUCAAACUGCCAACCUUCCAGUUAUUGGCCGACCGCUCUACCUCCUGAGCUACUGCUGCCCCUUGAAAAAGAGAGAGGACGUAAAAAAAAACAUGAAAAUUUCCUAUCCCAGAAACAGCACAGAGCUGUAAAAAACAUUUUCCUAAUACCACUCUAUAGCCUUGUAAACUAAGAGUUUAUUAAAAUCCUCAGUUUUCUUGGGGUGAAAGUAAAAAAGAAAGGAGUUGCAAUAUCAACAAUCCCAGAAAACUCUGAAUUAGUAUUUAAUCAAAAAGUAGAAACAAAAAGUAGUGUAUUUGAUUAAAUGAAAACAAGAUUGUUUGUUCAGGUAUUUAUAAGGAUAUAUCCAAAAAGACUAAACAACAAUAAUGAGUGUAACUGAUCUUAACCAAAUUCCACUGCAAUCAACAUAAUUACAAAAAAGUGAAUUAUUUCUGUAAUACAUAAAAGAUAUUCAGCAUGAUCACUAUAGAGAAAUCCAGAGAUUUUAAGCAUCUCGUAACGCUGCUGCCUUCAAGCUCCGUUCCUCCCGCUGUUUUUCACAGAAAGGUAUCAGAAUACAUUAUCGGUCACUUUCUCCACUUACGUCAGUUUCAUAAUGAAUAUUUGUGUCAGGAAAAGAGAUAAACACUGACGUAAUUUUAUUCAAAGUCACUGCUGGUUGGUUUUGAUGGACAGAACAGAUACUUAAACCCACACCCAGUUAACCAUCAGUGGUGCGUCUGGAAAGGCAGGUAAUUAUUGACUCUCUGUUUGUGUGUGUGUUUGUGGCCAGACCAAUGUUGUCUAUCUCUGUUUAAUGUCUGACUGCCAUGGUGGGUGGGUAAGUGGGUGGGUUGGAUGGUUGUGAAAACCUGCAGCCACCCUUUGAGUCCUGCUGUAAAGACACACACCUUUCUUUGCUUGCUAUAAAACUUAAACGGGAAAAAUCCUGAAUGACUAAGUUUAUCUUUAUGUAAUUUCAGAAAAAUCUGUGCUGUUAUAGGGGAAAUUUGAUUUAUUUUGAUCCAGAUCACUAGCACCACCUCCCUCUUCAUGUUCAUCCAAACCCCACUGUAUCCUGUGUGUUCGGCAUGUGCGUAAACACUGUGGGUCCACCCUGAUGAUCCUGAUAGAUGGUACUAAUAGCUGACCACAGGAUGGACUAUUUCCAGUUGUAAAAACUGUGCAUCUGCCAGCAGUGAUUUCCUCUUUUCAGUGCUAGAUGCUGCUAACAAUGAACAGACAAACCGCAAGGAGAGGCUGGCUGAAAAUGUUCGAAGUGUUUUUUGAGAAUAGAACAGUAUCAAGUGUUCUCAUUGGUUGAGAUCUGGGGAGUUGUCGGACGAGCAAAAGUCCAUAUUGACUUAAUUAUAUAGUUUUAAAGGUGUGUACACACGUGUGUGAGUGUGUGUUUACUCAUUUAGCAAGGCUGUUUAAUUAGUGAAACAUGGUUAUUUACUCUGUUGACUUAGAGAGCGCAGUAAAAAUUUGAGUUUGUUCAUGGUGUGUUCAUGUUUAAUAUUUAACUGGUCAGACUAAACUAAGUGUCAAAUUUUAGAAUAGCUAUCUAUCCAGGAAAAAUUGAUGUAUUGAUGUACUUUGUAAAAUGUUAAACGUAAUUUUUGUACUUGAUACAGAUCAAAUAAAAAUACUGUUAAUGUAUUUUGCAAUUCAUGAAAUAGUGUUCAACUAAGUUUAAAAUCUCUAAUGCAUUAUUAAAAUCGCUACAACGCUGCAGUUAUCAGUUAUAGCCUAAUAGACACACUUUUCUACACUUUUUAAAGAGUGUUUUAUUAAAUAAAGAAAAGUUUAGAAAAUCUGAAAGGACCUUUAGAAAUUAAAUAAAUAUUAAUGUUUGACAAACCUCUUACUAACCUCCUCACAAAUGUUUUUCUUAAAGGAUUCACUUCAAGCUGCUGUUCCAAAUUAGUGCAUAAAAAUAAAGUAAAAUGUGUUAAAAUUAUCUAUCUAGAUUAAGGCUUUUUUUUUUCAAAUGAUACAAUAUUAUAAAUACACAGUGGCAAACCCGAGACAAAGUGUUAUUUAAUGCUUGACAUACUUCGAUACAGGUAAAGUGUCUCGUAGUUUUAGUGACUUCAGCGAUGACGUGAAGAGUAAAAAGUUCAGGUUGGACAUAAUGAGAAACGUAAAUCUAAGGCGUAGACGGAUGUAUCUGCCAUUGCACAAAAUAAACAACAUUUAGGGAACUGACAGAGCAUAUAUCAAUUUUUACAAACUUGUCAUUGUUAUAAUCGGUUGACUAACCGACAAUCAAGAAUCAUUUCAAUGGAAAAUGUAAAAAAAAUAAAAAAAAUAAAAAUAAAACACAUACCCCUGUCAGUGAAAACAACAACAUGGAAAAGAUUUAUCUUUAUAUUGAUAGUACAGUUUGCUUUUAUAUUUCAUUCAGAGGCAUUGAUAUUCAUUUCAGUCUGUUUUUAAAAACAGCUAAAAACCCCUUACAGGAGCUUUAAAUUUAAACUGUUUUAAAUAUUAGUUUAUAACCAAAUUUUCCUUUUUCCCAUAUCAGACUCUGUUAUUAAACCAACCAGGUUCAGUGACUGAAUAGUUCAGCUUUAGUUGCUCUUUGUAUGAUAAAUCAAAGUACAAAUCUUAAUUAGAUCAAAACUGCUGGCUUAACUGCAUACCAUAAGAAUUAAGAUAUCAUCAUUUCUUAGACAGUCUGUUAUGUAACAGCAGUGAGUGUAUCAUGACCUCACAGGGGUCAGGAUCUUCCCAGUCUGUACGUCCCUUUUUAACUUCCUCUGUCCAGCAUCCAGGAGAGCGGAUGAAGGGGCAGGGUGGGGCCCCGAGGCCCCUGUCUGCUCACAGAUAAAGCCACACAAGUAGGCCACUGUGGGCCCGGCAGGAACACAAAUGCAGAUUUUCCCAUUUGAUAAGUCAGGAGGGGUGGGAGCAAUCAGUGGUAACACACACGCACAUGCGCGCGCACACACACAGACUCAUUUUCUCUGGUAUAGACACACACUUGUACAUAAAUAUCCAAAAGCACACAGUAGUCUUUGUCUCUUUUCCUUGGUUCAGUCAUUAACGGUUCUUAGGCAGUCAAAAAGAUAAAAUCUCUGCUUCCUUCUUCCUUCCUGUCUGAAGUCACUUAGAAUCAAGUAUUUUAGUAACAUGUCUGGUUGUACAUUAAUUUUUCUCUCACAUUUUUGCAUUUCUGACGGAGAACAGCCAUCCUGUAAUGCUUCCUCCCUGCUUAUACAUUUUUUCCUGGAGUCACGUCGGUCAACUUUUCAGGAAGAACUCAGUUACUAACUUUUACCAGGUGUUGAAACAGUGUAAAAUUUGUGGUUUGCUAACAUUCACACAUAUACACAUACUGAGAUCUUGCUCUGUCAUCAGUGCUACCCUGGUUUCUCAGAGGAAACUCUGACUGACCAUCCCUCCUUCACUCAGCGCUCUCAGGCCCUGUGAUGUCUCUAUUAACGCCUAUUUUUCCCCUCAGCUACAGAAAUUCUUCAGCUCUUUCCUACCGACCUACCCGACUGAUGCAAACCUCCUGGGCAAAAAUUACUCCUCACCACCUUGGUGUGUCUGCCAGAGGGUAGCCUUCGAAGUGUGUAAUAGCCUGCCACACACAUAGAAGCGAGAUUCUCGUGGGUUUACGUAAUACAUAUAUUGCACAAAGGGCUGAGGGAUAAUGGUGCAUGCUGAUAUUUGGUGUAGAAAAGUGUAUCUGCACGUCCUGCAAAGUAGUACAAACCAUGAGAUUUAAGUUGUGUCAGGCUUUUACAGGGAACUUUUGUGUGCUUAGAAUAUGAUUUGAUACAAAUUUCAAUCGUAUCAUAUCAAAUUGGAUCAGAUUAAAUCUAAGUGGAUCCCGUCAGAUUUCAUUUAAUCUGUAUUGCUUGUACAAAAUUAUCAAUAUGUCAAUUUUAAAUCAAAAUAAAUCUGCAUCACUACUUAAUGACUCCUCUCAGUAAAUUUAAUGAUGUUUAUCCUGUAUGUAAUCUUUCAGGAUUAUUUUGUAUUUGUCUCUUAUGUUAACACUAUACUGUCUUGUGUAGUUUAUGACGUGUUGUGAUACUGUCGUCAUUAUCUGGUACUGUAUCGAAACACCCCUGGGGUUCCCACCCUCAUUGACAAGUCUAAAUACUGUCCAGAACCAUCACCGAGUACCACAGUGGCCUCACUCCAACAGGCACAAAGAGAAGUACUACUUUACCUCCCUUGUACUGAGUUGCUCACAGUCUCUGCCGACUUCUAAUCAGCCCACAGCAGCUCCUCAGCCCUGUACUUGCUGUCAGUAAUGACAAACCUCUGCCUUUACACAGCAGCUUUGACAGAUCCCUGAACACACACACAGCCAGACCCGGUCUGUUUUCAUGUGUCCCUCUGUAGUGGUCAAAGACGUCAGUGUGUUUCAGAAUUCCUUCUUUCACACGUGUCAAACGUGUCAAAUAACAGUUUCACUUUGAAGGCUACAGUCGAGGUGUAGUGGAGGCUUUCAAGUUGUGAGAGGAAGAUAGCGAAAGUGAGAGUGAGAGUGAAGAAACGGAGAUCCAGAAAAAGAAAAAGAGGAGGAAACAUCACAUGUACAGGAGAGAAAUCUGCACAUGAUGACAUGUUGCAUUACAUGAUCCCCGUUAUCCUCGGUGGUCUCGCCUUCUGAAUCACAACCACAUGACUCCAACCUUCAGGGUGUAAGAGUCCAUUUCCGAACGGUGCAGGCUGGUGGGGAUUAUGAGGGUCCGUGGGUCUGGCCUGUCGCCCAGCUGAGCCAGUACGGAUCACAGCUUUCAGACUCCAAAACCAGGAGACCAGAGGGAAACUUCCUAAACCAGAAACACUUCCCUCAUCUCCACCAUACACACACACACUAAUCACACACACACAUACUGAGGACUUCAUUGCUCCCAGAUGUGAAUCCAUCCUGUAGAAGGCAUGUACAGAAGUCAAGUCUGCAUAUGUGUGUGUGUGCACUGUGUUGACACGUAUGAAUGUAGAAGAUGCAGAAAUGAAACUGUGUGGAGUGAGUGUGUGUUUCUCACUUACAGAGCGAUAAAAGCUGCUCUGUUUACUUUACAGGCAGGUGUCUUUUUUACUUUGAGAUAUACACACAUUUUCACAUGAAAGUGGCGCUUUAGCAGGACCCUUUAUUUAGGGCCUCAAAAUCAUACACAAGGUACUACAGACACAGCCAUUAAGGAAAAAAAAGUGUCUUCUAGCUGCACUGCUUUUUUAUUGUCUUAAAGAUGAUUUUACCCCAAACUAUCAGGCAAAGAACAAGUGACCCCUUAAAAGCCAGGCCUCCUUUUUGCUAUUUUAGGGUCAUCAGGAGAGGCAAAUAGAUGAUAGAGUUUUUCUAAACUCACCUUUUUUAACUUGUUACUUUUAGGUUCAUCGUUUAAAAGUUAAUCAUUUCAGUGUAUUCCUCAGCCUACUGUUUGUGUAUUUAUAUAAACUUUCAAUCAAAUGUAAUAGUUUUGUAAGCAUUUUUAAAAUCAAUUUUCCCACACUGCAGUUUAAUGUGUCUUUCUAUACCACUUAAUCUACUAGGGGUGGGAGAAUAAAUCGAUACAGCAUAGUAUCCUGAUAUUUUUUCUGGUGAUAUAUUGUGUCAUCUCAUUUAGCAAGUAUAGAUUUUUUCAAAUAAAUCGCUUAUAUGAAGUCAAAUCUAUAAUAAUGGAAAAAUGAAAUCAACUCUUUGUUCGGUGAGGUUGGCAGAGGUGAUAUCAUAGAGGAAGAGGAAGUUUGUGCAACAAAAAUAAAAGGUUUGUAAGAUGUGCUACAUGAAAAUAAAAUGCACUGUAAAUAAGACAAACAUAAAGGAAAGACAAAUGCUAAAAAAAAUUGUAUAAAUGGCAAUAUAUGGUAUUGCAAUACUCAUUGUAUUAGAAAUUUCUAUACUUCCUUUUUGAAGAUACAAAAUAUUCAGACUAUAACCCCAGCUUAUCUGACCUAGUCAAUUUUGGGGGAUCUCCCAGAGGGUUAGGGUUAGGGUUUAAAAAAAGUUUACUUUAAAAAUGUUUACAUUAUCUUACUACCAUUCAAGACAAUGUGCAUUUCCUGUUCAGCAGUGGCUUCACCUGCACAAUCUGUUUUCCCUGUGUUUCCAACACCGUUAGCUACCAAUGCAGCGGUUGAAUUCAGCUGAGUGUUGCACUGAUAUUUAUGAGACACCGCCCACGUCAGAUUAACCAAAAGUCAUGCCACCUACUUCCACUGAGUGUUUGUUGUCUCACUUUAAAAGUCCUUUUAAUCAGACCAGCAGUAUGCAAAGUUAAACAUAGUGUACAUCUGUUUUCUUGCUUUGCAGUACACAUUGAAUGGGGGCAAAAUUCCUAUGUCAGUGGGUGUCAUUACAGGGUAUAGUCCAGUGCCAUCUUCUUCAAAUAUACAUAAAAGAAAUCAUAAGUCAAGAAGAUAAACAUACUGUUUCUAAGGCUACCUGUGGCUAACUUCAGACCGGCUGGUCUUAAGUAGAUGUAGCUGGUUCUAUGUGGCAGAGAGUGCAGAAAGAGACAGUAAGCCAUGCCAGAGUGUGGUUUGGCUUUUAUAUAACUCCAGCCUGACUUUGUAGUAGCUGCAAAUUCUGCUUAGUGUCUUUAUGGCAAUGUUAAAUUUCUAUGGUGUAUGCAUUUUUCAUAUUGUAAAAAUGUCAAAAGAAUCUAGCGUUAACUCAUUUUUGGCCAAAUAUGCAGUUACCUCAACUUGGCUUUCAGCGUAAAAGUGGAAAAUGCUUUUAAAAUGAUCUGUCUGCGCAUGAAUCAGCUCCUGUUUGUCUUCUGGUCUUUAGUUGGGAGCUCGACAUGGUCUGUAUGUCAUUGUACUGUAGUCAUAAACAGUAGCCUAUUAUUCUGCAGUCCUUUAAACAGGCUCUAAUAAAACUCAGGCCACCCACACAGAGGAGUGCUAAAUGUGAGCAUGUGAGAGCAUCUGCACACGUUUGUAUGCAAAUGAACACACAUCUGUGUACACUCAAAGCUGACUGCAUUCCUGCCCCAGAUGCUAAUGGUAAAGGUGCGAUGAAAACAAGCAUCAGGUCCCUAAACUCUCUUCGGAAACCUGAAUACAAGAUACAAAGAACACUGUGUUUUUAUCAUCAUGUGAGAAUGAGAUUAGAUGGCUCUGAAUCAGAGGAUUUCAUGCUUUCUUCUAGUUAAUGCUGUUUUUCUUUCUCCGUCUGUGCUCUUACCACUCAUUCUCCCCUCUCCGUUCCUCCUUACCCCAUCUUCUCCUUGACUGUUUUUCUCCUUUGCACUCUCCUCUUUUUACUCCACCACUGUGUGGCCUCCUCUUUGCCUCUUUGUUGUAGCCAGGCUGUUCUGUGAUUACAGGCUUGUGGUCCGAGAUGUAAACACAAUGUCGAUGGAAGUCCCACUCAGGCUGGGAUGAAACACUUUGACUUCCAUUAGACUGAUGUGAGCUACAGAGGCUUUUUCGAAACACUAAGCAGGGCAAACCCAUAAGAAACUCUCAUUGUUUGGGCCUUGGGUGUCGCUGCCUGGUGCCACAAAGGAAUACAAAAGAAGGAUGGAAGUGUUGCCAAGCAAGACAUUAACAAAUUCCUAGACUCUUGCAACUAUCUGAAUAUCUGCACAUUACCUUUCUCAUGCUACAUGCUUAUAUGUGUUUGUUUCCAUUCAAAAUUAGGAAAUGAACUGAUAGUUGCUUUUGUGUGAAAGUCAAAAGUGGCAAUUUGAUCAGCUCCAGCAGCAUACAGAGGAUUUACAGACCACUAACUCUCUAGCAGCUGGAUUUUACACUGCUAAACAUUGAUUGUUGGAAUUCAGCUCAAUGCAAUAGUGACCCAUCUAGUUGUUGAGAAAAAAAGAAAGAUCUUAAAACUUGAAAUUGCCAUUUUAAAUAUGUGACUCUGGCCAUGUUUUUUUAGUUCACCCUGAGUGGAUUUUACACACCACAGAAGCUUGGUCCUUGAAAAGAUGCUACUCCUGAAUUGGGACACAGCUAGAGUAGUUACAGUGCUCAGCAUAAAUACGUACACCCCUUCAGAGUUGUCAGAAAAUCUUUAGUUCCUAUUCAAAAUCAACAUUUUCUAUGUCAGACUAUACAACAAAAUACUCCCCCAAAUGUGGGCCUUUGAUUGCAAGCAAGAUUUUUUAAGUUGCAUACAAAAAAAAGGUUGUUUUUUUUGGGGUUUUUUUUUUUUUCAAUUUAAAAUCAGGAUGCAAAAAUGAGUACAUCCCAAUCAAAGUUCUGGGAACAAAGCUAAAUUUCAUAGGGGGUGUACUGACUUAUGCUGGGCAUUGGGUAUAACACUUGAGCUGUUACACUAGUGGUACCUGACAUUUUUCAAACCACAAUCUACUAAGGCUGGGACAAUAUGCUUUUCUCCCAAUUCGAUUCCUCUACAAUUUUUUGGCUGCUGAUUUGAUAAAAAUUAUGAUUCUUUAAUAUUGUCGAUUUUCUCGAUUUUUAGUCUGAAUUUUUUACACCAGUGAAACAGUUGAAUGAUUAUGAUUGUCUCCUGACUAUUCCAGGAAUUCCAAAAAAUACACAUCACAUCACAUCUUUAAGAUUUAUUCUUAAAUUUGAAAAAAAUAAAGAUUUUUGAAUACAAAAAUUGAUUUAAAAAAUUGUAAAACAAAAAAUCAUUAUACUUCUGGGAAUCUUUUUUCUCCCACCCCUACAAUCUACUCUUCAAGUCAUCAACCUACCCGCCCAGUUUUAGCAUAGCCAUUACAUAUAGCAUGUAACUUUAACCCUAGAGUGCUGUCCAAUGCAAAAAGCAUCUUAUAGAAAAAGGAUCAUUUAAAGCAGUAAUAGUUUUUGUGUGAUAUGUUGAGCAGACCUGUCGGGCUGUGAUUGGAAGACACACAGUGAGAGAAAUCAUGAUACACACUAAACAAUAGAAAUAGAAAAAAAGCUUCCUCAAUUGGCCAUUUUAUUACGCUACAGCCCUCCUGGAUUUCUUUUUUGUCUAACCCAAUUACUUUUUCAGAAGUAAUGCAUAUUUUAUCAGAUAUUGCAGUUCGACCACAAGUUUUCCCAAUUGCCAUGACUACACAUUCUCAGUGGGAUUAAAAAAACAGAACCCACAACCUGAAACAUCAAUGUGACUGUCAGCUUUAAUUCCAAUUUCUGAAGAAGUAGAGAGAGUAUUUCUGCAGCAGCGUUAUGAACUUAUAUUCAAGAGUCACAGUGGGAGAAACUCAUCAUAUAAAAAAAAGGCAGACUCCACUGACAGUUAUAUUGUGGGACCCGAGUGCAUUGUGGCCAAAAGUAUGCUGAUUAAAGGAUGAACCCUCUCCCUCCACUGGAAAUACUUAAUUGCUCAGGCAUGUUGUUGCUGAGGGUCUGUGAAAUGCAGCAAACACAGGUAAACAAGGGAGGCCGAGGAGAAGUAGAUGAAGCAAAACAGCAUGAAGUUACCACAAAAUGGCCUCACAGAUUGAUGACAUGUGAGAGUUACUGUAUCUAAGGGUGGGAUUUCCUCCCAAAGCGGGGGUGGUUAAAGCUGUCCUUGGAUCCAAAUGAGAAAUGUUGCUUCUUCUUCUUCUUUUUUUUUUUUUACUUGAAUCCAGAUUCAUAAAACUUAAUUGCCUCUCAUGUCAUACUGUGACCACAGCAGAGAGAUCCUGGCUCCAGACCUGUAGGUUGUAGCUUACUCUUUGGCGUGGACGUUACUCAAUGUUAAAAGUAGCCACAGCGUUGUUUUUCAAACUUUUUUCCUAUUGGUUUUUGCUGUGUCUUUCUCAGUUUUGUUUAGCCCUGGCUCUGUUAUAUUCCUGAUGAAUACCAUAAGUUGUAUAUUUGGUGUUACCCUCGAAGCUCUAUGCCAGAGGACACACCGAACUUGGAUCUGACUGUGUAUUUUGGAUCAGAAGAAGAGAGGAACAGAGUCAGCCCCAUCACCACACACCAGAGCUCGGAGCCCCAUAAGCCCUUCACUUACAGACCAACCACGAAGACUCUGACUCCCAACCAUCGCCACAUGUCUGCAGAGGAGGGAGAGAGGAAAGGGAAGCAUGGAAAUUAGCUGAAGGAUCUCUCACAGAUAGAUCUAUAUAACAGAAACUGAGCCUGAGUUUCAAAACUGCUCUUUAUGCUCAGACACUGAAUUUUGUUGUUUUUAUAACAAAAAAACUGGCAGGACAUAUCAUAAAAGGGAUGUUAUUAAGAUUUACUGUUGCGUUACACUAGCAUUUGCAUGAAAUAAGGACACAAGAUAAAUAGGUUUUCCUUUCCCGCCCAGUUCCCUCUUUUUAUAUACAAUCUGCCCUGGCGUGGUAUAAGGCGUCUGAGUCAAACCCAGACUUCGAGAAAGGUUUGUUGGACUCGCUGAAGGCACUACUACGUCUUCUCGGCCUGUGAGUCAUCUAAGUAGGGUGAAGAUCAAGAGGAAGAGGGAAGCCCAGGCCUUUCAAAGCCAAACUGUGCCUAGAAUACCUCAACCACUGAUGAUAAUAACAAUCAGAGGGCCAAAAGCAAUAACCAGGAUUGAAUGCAAACACAUGGCUACCAUGAAAGGAUACUGCACCAACCUGUUUGUCAAAGGAUACUUCUGGACUUUUGCCGAUUUUUAAGUAGAAAUUACUUUUACGACUUCUGCAGCCAAAAUAGUCAAUAAAUUACUGGAUAAUUUCAGUGUGCUACAACCUGUGUCUUAUUUUUAUACAAAUGGACAUUAUUCCUCUCUGUAAAAAUAACAUCGCAGUCUCCAAACUGAUUCAUGAGAUCGGGGAACUAGGCAAUACCGCUGUAACAGAAACCAGCAUGGCAGGAAACAGUAAUACACUCAGACAGUUUCUAAAUAAGACAGAUAUUCACUAAUUUAUUAGAACCCAUUUAUUUUAAAGUAAAAUUGUGUUUUGACUAAAGAUUUAUUUUGGAUUUGUCCCAGUGUCUGCACAGAUUAAACUUGAGCAAUGUGGUGAGGCUCCCAGGCAUCUGCAUUCAGUGUGUAGAAUUAUCAGGAAAUGGAACUGUGUGGAAUGAGUCUUUAAAGUAGGGCUGGGCGAUGUGGCCGUAAAUCAACAUCAUGAUACAUUGAGAAGUUCACCUCGAUAAUGAUAAAUAGACAUUAACUACUCCACAAGCUGCUCACCCCCUCUCACAUUAACUUCAUCUACUUCAGCCACCACUCCAGCUGUUACAACUUUUGAUCUGUCCUCUAACUCUUUACCUGUCUUUCCCUCUUUGUUACGGACUGAAUGGGGUAGAGUCACGUCUCCGACGUAGGACAGCAUCUUAAAGGGACAUGAGACCAUAGCCUACCUACACACAUCCAAAACUAACUUUCAUUUAUUUAUUUUUUUGACACAGAAUAUAUUGACAUGGACAAAAUGCUCUUCUUAAAAGUCCCCCAAAACUGAAUACAUUUAAACAAAACUUUAAAAUAAUAUCAGUAACAUCUUUUACUGUCAUAUCAUUGCUCUUAUCCUAUACAAACUUUAAACUCUUUUACUUAUGCAUUUGAUGAUGUGGUGGACCAAGGACCACUCUUCAGUAAUGUGACCUUUCGGCCCUGCAGAAUGGUCCUCAUGCCUUAAAUGAAACAAGAGCAGAGGGAGAGUCCAGGCCCUUAUGAGCAUGUUUAUGAGGAGGCAGUGGAUGAGAGGAAAUUGCUUUUCUGGGGUUAAUAUAGUCUUGCGGUUUUCCGACAGUAGCUGCUCAUGGAAUUCCCUCCCAGUCCUUGCUGACAUGGUCACUCCAUCAAUGCCAGCAGCUAAUGCCAUGUUUAUCUCGCUCUAAUCAUAGAUUGAGCCCUCUAAUUACAAAGGAAAAUCAAAAAGCCUUCAAGGCACGAAGGUACCGUAAAAAGGAAUGUUAUGAGAACUAUGAGAAAAUUAAAGCAAUGUAUGCAAUUUUUCCGAUAUGGAUGUUAUUUUUGUGACUUUAAAAUGCAUGUCGACUCUUUCUCAUGGAGGUCAUGUGUACAGUUUUAUUAAUGGCUGCCUCUCUCUUUGUUUUUUUUUUCUCUUCCCUUAUGCAGGAACCUGAUGCCUCGUACUCUGGAUGGUCAGAUCACAAUGGAGAAGACUCCCAGCUACUUCAUCACCAAAGAAGCCCCGCGUCGUGUCUUCUCUAUGAGCCGCCAUACCAAGCUCAUUGUGGUCGUACGGGACCCUGUGACCCGGGCUGUUUCUGAUUACACCCAGACUUUGACUAAAUCUCCAGGUCUCCCAUCUUUCCAGAACCUUGCCUUCCGCAACGCUACCACAGGUCUCAUUGAUACAUCCUGGAGCGCCGUGCGCAUUGGCAUCUACGCCAAACAUCUCGAGAACUGGCUGCACUUCUUCCCGCUCUCAAGCUUCCUCUUUGUUAGCGGCGAACGCCUUGUGACGGACCCGGCAGGUGAAAUGGGCCGUGUACAGGACUUCCUCGGCCUGAAACGUGUUGUGACAGACAAGCACUUCUACUUUAACCAGACCAAAGGUUUCCCCUGCCUGAAGAAGCCUGAGGGAAGCAGCAGGCCACGCUGCCUGGGGAAGUCUAAGGGCAGGCCCCACCCCCAGAUCCCCUCAGAGGUCCUGCUCAGGCUUAGAGACUUUUACAGACCCUUUAAUCUUAAGUUUUACCAAAUGACCGGCCAUGAUUUUGGCUGGGACUGA